AUGUCUUCCACAAACAGAGAAGACGCAUGUCCUGUCGACCACAAAACCCGCGACGCAUGGCUCUCUCAAGCCCGCGCAGCCGAAGCCGCCAAAUCGCAAGCCUCCGCCCAUUGUCCCGCGGACCGCACGCCGCAGACGCAAUCGAAAUCAUGGAUGCAAACAAUAGCUUCCUACAUCCGCUGGCCGUCGCCUUCAACCGCGCCGGCCGCCCCCGACGCCAAACCUCGCCGCGAGCUUCACACUGACCGCGCCGUCUCGACCAUUCCCCGAUCGGCCCCCGGGCCGGAAGCAUGUCCCGUGGAGCACGGCGCGUCCGCCAACGCGGCCAACGCAGAGACCGAGUCCGGCGUCGACGCCUCGGGAAACUGGGUCUAUCCCUCCGAGAAGAUGUUCUUCGACGCCAUGAGGCGCAAGGGCUACGAUGCGAGAGCGGCAGACAUGAAGACCGUGGUGCCCAUUCACAAUGCCGUCAACGAACGCGCCUGGCAGCAGAUCAAGGAGUGGGAGGCCCCGUACCUGUCGAGGUCAGGUUGCGGCGGGCCCAAGCUCGCGUCCUUCGCCAACAAAAGCGACCGCUUGACCCCGACGGCCCGUCUCAACACCAUCCUCGGCUAUACCGCCCCCUUUGACCGUCACGACUGGGUCAUUGACCGGUGCGGCACCAGCGUCGAGUACGUGAUUGACUUUUAUGCCGGGCGGCCGGGCGGCGACAAGGCCGGGCCGAGCUUCUAUCUCGACGUGCGGCCCAAGCUGAAUACCUGGGAGGGGGUCAAGAUGCGGGCCAUGCGGUGGACGGGUUUGGCAUGA